CCUGUAGAUUAAUUCAGUCUAGGUUUAGAUCUUGAACAAGAGCUAAUUAAAGGGCCAGAAGUCAUAGGAAUUGUGAAAUAGCCCUUUAUUGAAGGGCUCAACGUAGCUCUGAAUAAGAAGCCAACUUCAGCGCUGGGAAAAGUUUGCACAGCUCGGCUCCGCAGUGAAAGGUAAUGAUUAACCUAGAAGAACUGAUUAAGAUUUACCUUCAUAACUGCGACAUGGAAGAGCAAACAACACCUGUACGAGUGCAGCACAAGUUUAAUGUGGGCAACCUUCACAGAUACCUGUGGGUGAAGUCACUGGUGUCGAAUGACGACACUCUGACUGUUAGACAGUACAGUGCUGGUCAGUCUAACCCGACCUUCCUGAUCCAGACAUCUUCAAUCAGUUAUGUUCUCAGGAAGAAGCCCCCCGGUGAGCUGUUGCCAGGGGCUCACAAGGUGGAUAGAGAAUACCGGGUCCAGAUGGCUCUUUUCUCUGCUGGUUUUCCCGUCCCUCAGCCUCUUUUGUACUGUACAGAUGUUGAAGUAAUAGGAACAGAGUUCUACUUGAUGGAACAUGUGAAGGGCCGCAUCUUCAGGGAUUUUCAGCUCCCUGGAAUGAGUCCAGCUGAAAGAACUGCUGUGUAUGCUGCUGCAGUGGAAAUUCUAGCAAAGCUGCAUUCACUGGAUUUAUCAUCACUAAAGCUUGAAGGGUUUGGAAGAGGGCCGGGAUACUGCAAGAGACAAGUGUCCACCUGGACGAAGCAGUACACCGCAUCAGCCCAUAGAGACAUUCCGGCUAUGAAUAAGCUCUCUGAUUGGUUGAUGAGCAACUUACCAGAUAAAGAUGAUGAGGUCACGCUCGUCCACGGAGAUUACCGGAUUGAUAACUUGAUAUUCCACCCAACUGAGGCCCGUGUGAUCGCAUUGUUGGACUGGGAGCUCUCCACCACUGGGAACCCUCUAGCAGACCUGGCCUACUUCCUCAUGCCUCUCUACUGGCCCGCGGAUCUCAACAUUACAAGCUCCAUAGGCAGCCUAAAAGGAAUACAAGGCAUUCCAGCAGCUGGUGACCUGAUCUCCAUUUACUGCCAUUGUCGGGGGAUCCAUUCUGCUUCUUUUCCGCAGCUGAAUUUCUACUUGGCUCUGUCUCUCUUUAAAAUGGCUUCAAUUGCUCAGGGUAUCUAUGCUCGUUACCUGCUGGGUAAUGCCAGCGCCCCUAAUGCAGAUCAGUUUGGCCAGAAUGUCGAGCCUUUGGCUAAAAUUGCCCUCCAACUUGCCAACAGUCCUCUAGCAGGCCUGACAAAAGACAGGCUGUUCCUGCAGACUGCCAAAGGCCAGGCUGUGGUCCAGCAGGUUAAAGACUUCAUGCAAGAAUACGUGCUUCCUGCUCAGCAGGAAGUUGCAGAGUACUACGCUAAACACGCUCAGUCUCCUCUGAGGUGGCACACCCCCAAAAUAAUAGAGGAUCUAAAGGUGAAAGCCAAGCAGGCCGGGCUGUGGAACCUGUUUCUUCCUGCAGUCAGUGGACUCACUCAGUUGGAUUAUGCCUACAUCGCCGAACAAACUGGCCGCUGCCUCUUUGCUCCUGAUGUCUUUAACUGCCAGGCUCCAGACACAGGAAACAUGGAGGUGCUCCAUAUGUUUGGCACCGGGGAGCAGAAGAAGAAAUGGCUGGAGCCUCUUCUCAGUGGAGAAAUCCGCUCCUGCUUCUGUAUGACAGAGCCUGAUGUUGCUUCCAGCGAUGCGGCCAACAUGGAGUGCAGUCUCCACAAGGACAAAAACACCUACAUCAUAAACGGCAAAAAGUGGUGGAGCAGUGGUGCAGGCAAUGCCAAAUGUAAAGUGGCCAUUGUGAUGUGCAGGAGCAGCUCUGAUGCUGGUCGCAACAGGCACGGGCAGCACAGCAUGAUCCUCGUACCCAUGGACACGGCGGGUGUAAAGCUCAUCCGACCACUCACCGUGUUCGGACACGAUGAUGCCAUCCAUGGUGGCCACUUUGAGGUGCACUUUGAAAAUGUGCGAGUACCAGCAUCCAACAUGAUCCUGGGUGAGGGCAGAGGAUUUGAGAUCGCUCAGAGGCGUCUGGGACCAGGCAGGCUGCACCACUGUAUGAGAGCCGUUGGCUUGGCCGAGCAGGCGCUGCAGCUGCUGUGUCAGCGGGCUGCUUCCAGGCAAACGUUUGGGAAAAACCUUUAUCAGCAUGAAGUUAUCGCUCACUGGAUUGCAGAGUGCCGUCUCAUGAUUGAGCAGACCCGCUUGCUGACUCUCUCUGCUGCUCAUGCCUUGGAUACUCUGGGCAGCAGGGCUGCUCGCAAACAGAUCGCUAUGAUCAAGGUGGCAGCAGCCAGGAUGGCCUCUAAGGUGGUGGACUGUGCCAUCCAGGUUCAUGGAGGCGCAGGAGUGUCGGAUGACUUCCCUCUAGCACAGAUGUAUUCGUAUGCACGGACUCUGCGAAUUGCUGAUGGACCAGAUGAAGUGCACCUUUCCACCAUUGCAAUACUAGAACUAAAGGAUCAGCUGAAGCAGGCCCGGGCCAGGCUAUAAAAACCUCAAUCAUUGACCAUCAACUGAACCCUAAUAGUUCUACAUAUACAGUAUAAAUAUGAUGAUCUGAAUGCGAGUCUUGCCAUUUCUGUUGGGGAAAAUAAAAUACUUAUCUAUGGAAUUCUAUGAAUUAAUAUUUUAAAUGUUAAAAUGAAAGUAAUAAAUUGUAGGACUGUCAUGGAGGCAGUUUUUCAGUGCAGCAUUUUACACAAACACCAAAUGACUUUCUGGGUGAUUUUUUUGUUGUAUCUUGAGAUAACUCGAGUCCAUUUAGGCCUUAAAUGACUGGACAAGAAUGCAGAUGAUGUUUUGUUAUUAUAAUCAGAGCUUAGCUGCUUCUCUGGAUGAAGAUGUGAAGGAAAAUAAACGGUAAAUAAAUAAA